AGCGUCAUCAGCUUUUCAUAAUUACCCUUAUCCCUCCCCCCGGUUCCUACCGUCGUGGUGCGCAAUCACUGCUGGCUUUCUACCGCUACAAUCUGCGCAAACAUUUCUCCCGCACACUUCCACGAACGGCACACCGCCCAAAUACAGUCCUUGUGUCUGUCACGCGAAAACAUGCACCCAUCGGCGGCACCGUGCGGUGAUGGAGGUUUUAUGCUAUCAUCCGGCGACGCGUACCGUCACUAGUGUUCGAGGUGCGACAGUGUACGGUUCAGUAACAGGAAGCACACGGGCCACACGACACUUGUUCGGUUGUCGGUCCUUUAGUUCCCUUUCGGUUUGAAGUUAAUGCGAUUCACUACGCAUCUUUGUUCAGUUUUACGGUGUUGAUUUCAAGGUGGUUGAAGAGUGUCCGUUAUUAGCAUAGACUUUAUAAAGCUUUAAUCAUCCUAAAAAUAUACAGAAAAAUAAGAAAGUGAUUAAAGCUUCUAGUUAGCUUACGAAGCGUCACAAAAAUACUGUUGCGAAAAUGAGCAAAUUUACUUACCUUCAAAAUGGUAACGCACCGAACGGUGUUUCGAACGGUGCUGCUGCACUACAUACGAACGGUCAUCACCACCAAAAUGGACAUUCGAACGGGAACCGGAAUGGUGGUUCCGACUCGUUGCCGGCUGCUGAAGCCUACCAGCAAAAGGGAGCAACGAGCGGUCCCUUCCAUAUGCCACGCACCGAGCACGCUGGGUACACCUACGACACGCUGCAGGAAAUCGCAAAUUAUCUCCUGGCGCGCACGGAACUCCGCCCGAAGGUUGGCAUCAUUUGUGGGUCCGGUUUGGGUACGCUGGCGGACCAGCUGACCGAUGUGGACAGCUUCGACUAUGAGACGAUUCCCCACUUUCCCGUCUCGACGGUGGCCGGCCAUGUCGGACGACUGGUGUUCGGUUAUCUGGCCGGUGUACCAGUCAUGUGCAUGCAGGGCCGUUUCCAUCACUACGAAGGAUAUCCGCUCGCAAAGUGUUCCAUGCCCGUGCGUGUAAUGCAUCUGAUCGGUUGUACACAUCUGAUCGCGACCAAUGCGGCCGGUGGUGCCAAUCCCAAGUACCACGUGGGUGACAUCAUGCUCAUCAAGGAUCACAUCAACCUGAUGGGGUUUGCCGGCAACAAUCCGCUGCAAGGACCAAACGAUGAGCGCUUCGGACCACGGUUCUUCGGCAUGGCCAACACGUACGAUCCGAAACUCAUCCAGACGGCAAAAGUGAUCGGCCGUCAGAUUGGGAUCGAGAAUGAGCUGCGCGAAGGUGUCUACACCUGUCUCGGUGGACCUAACUUUGAAACGGUCGCCGAGGUGAAGAUGCUGGCCAUGCUCGGUGUCGAUGCGAUCGGUAUGUCGACCGUGCACGAGAUCAUCACGGCACGGCACUGCGGCAUGACGUGCCUCGCCUUCAGCCUCAUCACCAACAUGUGCACGAUGAGCUACGAAGAGGAGGAAGAGCACUGUCACGAUAGUAUUGUUGGUGUCGGUAAGAACCGGGAGAAGACAUUGGGCGAGUUUGUUAGCCGUAUUGUGAAGCAUAUUCACUACGAAGCGAAGAAGUAAGUGUUUUAGGUGCGGAGAUAUUGUCGAGAAAUUCUAAAGCAAGGUGAGAAUGUACAAUGUCGGGAAAGAAAACCAACCAACAAAUGAUCGUAAAGUAGCUUUUUGACUCAUUAAAUAGCUGUAAGCGUCAAUGUAAAUUAGGUAAAACAAUUAUCGAUUUAGCUUUAGGUAGGGUAAACGUGAACGUAAUAUAGUUAGAUAUAUCGCCCAAGAACCUUAAGUGUGCUAUAGGUUAGGAAGGAAGAAAUUAUAAAGUUUCUGCCACGGAAUAGGUAAUUUUUUACAAUUUGUGCCGACGAUCUGUGCGCAAUGCUUAAAAUAAAACAAUUUUUUUAAAA